CAGACACACACGCUUCACCACUCUCAUGACUCGUAAAUUCAUCCGUUUCAUGCUCUUCAGUCCUUCGGUGCCACUUGUAGGGAGGAUUUGUGUAACAGCUCCUGUUAGAGUCUGUUAAAAAAUGGCCUGCAGAUAAAGUGAGGAUUAUCUGGAGGAGAACCUCAGCAGGAAUGAACAGAAUGAACACAUCAACAUACCAGGAGGAGGAGCUGCUAGGUAACUCCACAUGGACCUUUUCCAACUAUUACCAAAACAACACCCUUGCUACUCCACUUCUACAGGACAAGGCGACCACCGAAAAACCUGCAGCUUGUGAGCAGGUCCACAUUGCUGGGGAGAUUUUUCUGAUCCUGGGUAUCAUCUCAUUACUGGAAAACAUCAUGGUCAUUACGGCAAUAGUAAAGAACAAGAACCUCCACUCACCCAUGUACUUUUUUGUCUGCAGUCUGGCCGUGGCAGACAUGCUAGUGAGCGUGUCCAACGCAUGGGAGACCAUCAUCAUUUACCUUCUCAACAACAGACAGCUGGUGGUGGAGGAGCACUUCAUCAUACAGAUGGACAAUGUUUUUGACUCUAUGAUCUGCAUCUCCGUUGUUGCUUCCAUGUGUAGCUUGCUGGCCAUCGCUGUAGACAGGUAUGUUACCAUCUUUUAUGCUCUGAGGUACCACAACAUCAUGACAGUAAGGAGAGCUGGCUGCAUCAUUGGAGGAAUCUGGACUUUCUGCACUGGAUGUGGGAUUGUCUUCAUCAUCUACUCGGAGACCACCCCUGUCAUCAUUUGUUUGGUGUCCAUGUUCUUUGCCAUGCUGCUCAUCAUGGCCUCCCUCUACAGCCACAUGUUCAUGCUAGCCCGCUCACACGUCAAGCGGAUUGCUGCGUUGCCAGGCUACAACUCCAUCCACCAGCGUGCCAGCAUGAAGGGUGCCAUCACGCUCACCAUCCUCCUGGGCAUUUUCAUUGUCUGCUGGGCUCCUUUCUUCCUUCACCUGAUCCUGAUGAUCUCCUGCCCUCGCAACCUCUACUGUGUGUGCUUCAUGUCCCACUUCAACAUGUACCUCAUCCUCAUUAUGUGCAACGCCGUGAUUGACCCACUGAUCUAUGCGUUCAGGAGUCAGGAAAUGAGGAAGACUUUCAAGGAGAUAAUCUGUUGUUACAGCUUAAGAAAUGUCUGCACCAACCUUUGCGCCCUGACCGGUAAGUUCUGAGAAAUGGAGAAAGAGAAGACAAAAUGGGUUGGAUGGAUAAACUGAACUAAAGCCAAUGUUGUAUCAAAAAUAUCAGAGAUUCAACAUACUGUACAGUACAUGAAGACUUUUUUUCACUUACACAUUAUGAACAAAAAAGCUCUCAGUUGGUUGUUUGUUUUUCACCAACUGUUAAAAAAGGAUAAGCCAGAAUGGAGAUAGAAACAGUUAAGUGUUUCCUAAUGCGCUAAUGCACUGUAUCCAAAAUGCACAUAAAGAGGUUGAUUUAUUAGGCACAUUAUCUAAACACUCUACUAACCCCAUCUAAAAUCACGAGUUAUUUGAAAAUGCGUCACAGAAAACUACACUUCUUUCACUCUCCUCUGACAUUUCCACCACAAUUUUGGUUUGGUUCUCCUUUUCAAAUUAAGAAAAGAUUAUUAUCCUUCCCUGCAAGACUUUGGCUGACAAAGCAGCCUGAUAGAUGGAAAGGAAGUAGGCUUUCUUUUUCAUUUAGUGAACCAUACAGGCUGAAAGAGUGCCUGUUAAUUACCGAUGAUGGCAACCCCAGACACCCAGUGUUGCUUCAAAGUAGUGAUGUGUGCAACCUAAGCAAUUAGGCCUAACUGAUGCAAAGAAGCAUGGGCGAUGAAGUUGGCAGCAUUAGCAAAAGCUUUGACAGAAAUCUAGCAGUUUUCACUGCUGUUAUAAUUUUAGCCACUGACUCUUUAAAAACUAAUUCAGUGCUUUAGGGGCUAAAACAUGGAGACAAUGUAAUGUGUUUUUCAGAUGCUCUGGAUUAUGUUUGAAUCCUUUGCUAUUUUUUGUUGUAAUUGACGAUUGCAGUGCCAGGUGAAACAAACAUAAUCGCAAAGGUCUGUUCUAUCUCAUCACAAAACAUGACUAAAAUGUUCUUUAUAAAAUAAAGGGGGGAAAGGGAGCAGAGAAGAAGAGUAGCAAAUCCACUGGGUAUAAUGACAACAUUUGUAGUAUUUUAAUUGAGUAUGACAGAUUGUAAAAUCUAGAAGAUUAUCUAAGAUGUACUAACAGUAGUACAGCAGUACAAAUGCCAAAAGUGUGUACAGGAAUUACUAAAAAUAUAGAACAAAUUGACAUAGUUUGCAGAUUUAUGGCAUGCAUUUCAAAAUUUAAAGCCCAUUUAUAGAUAUUGUCCCAGGUAUAGAUAAUGGACGGAUGAAAGAUGAGUGAAAGUCAAAAACAACCCACAUGUUUCAACGAUAUGACGGGACUUGAUGUUCCAUGAAAUCCUACUGAUUUCCUCAUAUUUAGACCCACAUAACAUGCAUUUUGAAUACUCCAACAUACAAGACAGGAAAAGAAACAGUGUGACAGCAGUUUAACAUUUAUCCACAGAACAAGUUGAAUGGAGGUAUGAAUGCACUGUAAAGAGAUGAAGGAUGGCUUUGCUUGGACCACCUGCAGAGGUGGUCUAAGAUCUAUCCUGAGCCACCCAGUCACACCUGGACAGAGGUUAAUACAAGUGUGAAUGCAGUCCAAAUGUUUUGACGCCUCCUGUCUAUGGGCGGGAGGCGUGUUCCCCUGCCUUCCACCCAUAGACUGCUGGAGAUGAGGACCAGCUUCCCCGUGACCCACUAAGGAAGAAGCGGUAUAGAAAAUGACUAGUCAGUCAGUCAUUUUCUAUACCGCUUCUUCCUGACUAUUUACUUGUAUGACAUCUGUUGUCGUCAAGCCAUCAAGAGUUUUUAACGAAAAUUAUUUCCACAUAGCAGAUUAUUCUGAAAAAUACAUCUGUUAAAAAGAUGCAUUAAGCGCCCAAAACAGAAUUCCACCAUUUUCUUCAUAAAAUAAAUAUGAUAUCUUAUGAUAGCUUUAUUCUAUAAUCUUUACCUGUUUAAUGAAAUGAUUUAAAAGAAAAAUAAGUCAUAAAGAAUUGUAAUUUGCACAAACACUGCACCAUGACUGCACAACUACGCAUACAGGCAGAGGCGGCUAGCUGUUUGUCAAUUCUAGAGAAAUCCAGAUUGACUGUUCAGUCAAGGACCAUCAGCCUGCCUCGUUCAAUUCAAUUUAAUUCAAUUUAUUUAUACAGGGCUGAUUCACAACACAUCGUCUCAAGGAACCUUACAAAGUCAGUUCAAUCAAUCAUACAGAUUUCAAGUCAGAUUCAGUUUAUUAUUCAUAUUGGUUAAAACAUUUUCUAUGUAAGGAAACAGUGGAAAGGAAAACUCCCUUUUAAAAGGAAGAAACCUCCAGCAGAACCAGGCUCAGUGUGAGCGGCCAUCUGCCGUGACCAACAGGGGCUUUGUAUAGGAAAGAAAGGUAAAACAUUAAUUGUAGUAGCUCCCUUAGUGGCUUCAUCUAGGAGAGAAAGACAGCUAAGCAGAUGGAGCUAAGCCCCUCCAGGAAGGUGCCAUAACUUAACACAUUCGCAUGCCAGGUGUAGCUUCUAGCAAGAGAAAAACAGAAAGAGACCAUAAAGUUAUAAGCUGAAAUAACAGCAAAUUUUUAUCAAAAUUGGAGAGUAGUAUGAGAAUGUAGCAGAGAGAGUGAAAGUGGU